GCUUGUGCACAGAGAGGUCUGUUGUAAGAAAGAUUUCUUUUUGACAAGCAGGAAAGAGUUUUAGUGACAGAUCAAAACAGGUGCUUGUGAACUGAACUCAUAAUGAGAGUUACUGUAAAACUCCUCGGAUUUGGUUUUUGGUUGCUUUACUUCGAUUUUGCGUGCUGUCAAGAAUGUCGUCGAGAUGACAUUAAAUUUACUAACACGGAAUCGGUUGCAAAAGCUUCAUACGCUGAUGGCGAAACAAUGAAAGUGAACUGCAUUACGGGUUUUACUGGCUUGUAUAAGUUAAAGUGUGAAAAAGGAGAAUGGAAGAAAUCCAUUCAACGACCAUGUGCAAAGAGAAAAUGCGGUCACCCAGGCGACCUACAACACGGUGAUUUUAAACGUGGAGGGACGGAGUUUGUUUUUGGAGCAACGGUGGCUUAUUCUUGCCAGAAAGGGUAUGAAAUGACGAGCAGAAUCAAUCAACGUACCUGCAGAGCUCAAGGAUGGGACAAUGCUGUUCCCAUCUGUGAGGUGGUAAAAUGUCCAGCCGUUUACACCGACAAGGAUAUAACUGCGUCGGGGGACACAGAGGAGGGAAGUUACGGUGAUAUUAUUCACUUUGAGUGUGCAUCUCCUGAUAAAAUGCUAAAUGGAAGUAGUGAAAUUCACUGUGAAGAGACUGGAGAAUGGAGUGACGUUAUUCCAAAGUGCAUAGAAAUAACUUGCACAGCCCCUGUCAUAUCACAUGGAAAGGUUGUUGAGCCACGUCCGAAAUACCUGAAAAAUUCCAUAUUAAAAUACAAAUGCGAUCCAGGGUUCAAGGCCAAAGAGGGAAUCCCAAGAUGCGCUAAAUCUGGCUGGACUGUGAGCCCAGAAUGCGAUGAAAUAACUUGUGAGCUGAAGUCAACUUCAUUUGGAGUGCAAAAGACCAACCCGAAGGGAAAAACUAUUUUCAGAGCCGGAGAAAGUGUGGAAAUCACCUGCUCUGAAGAAUACUUUAUCUUUGGUACAAAAGAAGCCAGCAGAUCUUUUACAUGUCGAUAUAAUGGCCAGUGGGACAAUAAGCCUGCUUGUGAAGAGAUUACAUGUGAAGAUCCACGCGACUGGCGUGUGUCUAAACCAUACUACUGGCAAAUUAAGAAAUUUGGAGAAAAACAGUCUUACCGUUGUGAGUCUAGAUAUCGUGAAACAGCAGAAGUGGCCACAUGUACACGAGACGGAUGGAAACCAAAACCACUGUGUGCUGAUAUUACAUGCACAGCUCCUGUCAUAUCAAAUGGAAAUGUUGUUGAGCCACGGCCAGAAUACCACAAAGAUGCCAUAUUAAAAUACAGAUGUGAUUCAGGGUUCAAGGCCAGAGAGGGAACCCCUACAUGUGCUAAAUUCGGCUGGACUCUGGACCCAGAAUGUAAUGAAAUAACUUGUGAGCUGAAGUCAACUUCAUCUGGAGUGCAAAAGACCAACCCGAAGGGAAAAACUAUUUUCAGAGCCGGAGAAAGUGUGGAAAUCACCUGCUCUGAAGAAUACUUUAUCUUUGGUACAAAAGAAGCCAGCAGAUCUUUUAAAUGUCUACAUAAUGGCCAGUGGGACAAUAAGCCUGCUUGUGAAGAAGUAACCUGCAAGCUGAAGUCGACCAUUGAUGGAGUGCAAAAGACCAAUCCGCAGGGAAAAACUUUUUUCAGAGUUGGAGAAAGUGUGGAGAUCACAUGCUCUGAAAUAUACUUGUUCUUUUUUUCAACCAAAUCCAGAAAACACUUUACAUGCCAGUAUAAUGGGGAGUGGGACUUUGAGCCAGUUUGUGAAGAAACCACAUGUGAAGAUCCACGUGACCAGCAUGUGUGGAGACCAAACUGGGGAAAUUUGAAAUUGGGAGCAAAAAAAUUUUACUCUUGUGAGUCUGGAUACCGUGAAACAGCAGAAGAGGCCACAUGUACAGAGAGGACGGAUGGACACCAAACCCACUGUGUGCUGAAAUAACCUGUGAGUUGAAGUCAACCGCAGUUGGAGUGCAAAAGAUCAAACCUCCGGGAAAAACUGUUUUCAGACCUAGAGAAAGUGUGAAGAUCACUUGCUCUGAAAAUUACUGGCUAUCUGGUACAGACGAAUCCAGCAAUUCAUUUACAUGCAAUGACAACGGAAAGUGGGAUCAUGAACCUAUUUGUGAAGUUUCAGAGAUCAGAUGUAAAGAGCCACAUGACCAGCAUGUGUCUGGACCAACCUGGGAAAAUCUGAAACUGGGAGCAAAAAGAUCUUACCGAUGUGAGUCUGGAUACCAUGAAACAGCAGAAGAGGCCACAUGUACAGAAGACGGAUGGACACCAAAUCCACUGUGUGCUGGUUCAGCAAAAUGUGGGCCUCCACCACACAUAAAUGAUACACAUGCAAAAGACAUAAUAAAAAAUGAAUACAAUACAGGAGAGAGAGUUGAAUACACCUGUUCACUUCAAUACACAUUGGAUCCGCAUUUUUUCAAUUACUUGACCUGUGAAAAAGGACAGUGGAAAGGGACUAUAAUGUGCUUAAAGCCCUGUAUAGUGACGGUGGAGGAAAUGGAUAAAAGAGGUAUAAGGCUGAAAUGGAAGAAAAACGAAAAUAUAACCUCAACACACAAUGAAAGCAUUGCAUUUGAAUGUCAGGAUGGCAAAAUGACAAGCGAUAAACUAAGACAAAAGUGUGAUGAUGGAAUGAUGACUUUACCUAAGUGUGUGUGACAGUGGAAGUAAAACAGUGAAGCAUCAGCUACUAAGCAAACGCUGGAGCAAAUCAAAAUACAUUUUCCCAUUUCAGUAACUCUGUUUUGGAUUCCUUAUAAGUAAAACUAACUAAAUAAAUAAGAUAAAACUGAAUUUUUUUGCUUUAUGCUUAAGGAAACACAACGAAUUAGUAUUGUAUGACAAAAAAAUAAACAACAUUUAAAUCAACAGAAGAAAAACAUACAUAUCUGUACAUUAAUGUACAUAAAUGUGAAAAGCCAUGCCAAGCAAGGGGAAUAUUACAUAAGCCCUACUAUUCAGCUGGUCGAUUUUGUAAAGUUGCUCCUUGCACUCUGCAAUUAAAAACGCAAAACACCUCAACCGACCAUCUUUUAGCCUUAAAAUAGUACUAUCAGGAAUCUCUUAAUAUGUGCAGUGAAGAAUUAACCCUUGAACCAUUGAAUAUGCAUUUUUAGGAGAAGCCCUCCGAGAUGGAUUGAAACCAGAUCAAGUGUAAAUGCAUCUGGUUGUUAAAACCACAUAUAAAAAUUUGAUUCCUCCCAAAAUGUUAAAAUAAUAUUGAGUUGAAGAUUGAAUUUAUGACUGUUUUUGUGCGCGCGCCUGUGUUGAAAUGGAACCGUUUUAACAAAUAGAUAAAGUGACCAGGUGUAAACAGGCCCUUAGAUUGAGUUUCAGAUCAGUUUAGGGGUUUUGCAUGUCUUUUUAAUCAAUCACACCCGAUUCAAAUCAUCAGCUCAUCAGUAGACAUUAUCUGGUUUUGUACAUAGCUCCUCACAUCUGAGAUGAUUUCUAAUCCUGAUAACUGAUGUCUGGCUAAUUUGGUUUUUCAAAUGCAUUUGUGUAUUUGACUAAAAUAUCUGGAUUUAAGAUGACUGCGCUUUCCUGAGUUUUUUUUUGUGAAGGGCUUACAUGUAGCAGGUAUCUGAAAAUAAACACAAACAUUCGUGGUCAGAAUUAUUGGCACCCUUGGUAAAUAUGACUGUAUCAUUGGAAUGAGCAUUGGAAGCUUGUGAAAAUAAAUCUGCAUCAUUAACAGUUGUCCUGAUUAAACAUCCAUGACCCAUUA